AUGAACACUGAACAAGUAUCAAAAGAAAUAAAAGUUAGACUAAAUAAAGUUUGCAAUCUUUUAAAAGAAAUCGAAGACAUUUUAUGCAAAGUUAAUAAUGAAGUUCAAUCAUCAGAAUGCAACUAUUCGUGCAUUUGUGUUUGCGGAAAACAAUCAAUACCCGAAAUAAUAGAAACACUGUCCAAUCAUUGCAAAGAUGACGACAGUAGAAAAUACGAGAAAAUGCAACAAUUGCAAGUAACAAGUCCUGAAAAACGUGUAAAAUGUAAAGACUUGGGGAGAGAAAAAAUGUCUUCUGACAUCAGUACAUGCUGUCAGAGAAAUAAUAAACAAAAUCAUGAAAAAAAUAACACAAACGAUUUAUGUUGCAAAUUAUCAAACAAGCAAUUUGAUAAUAAUACACAAUAUUAUAAUGAAUGUACGCAUGAAAAGUUUACAAACAAGAUAAAAGAUAUUAAUCAAAAGGUCAUGUUAUAUUUUGACGAAAAGAAUAAAAAUAAACCAAACACUCCGAUUGGAUCAACAAUUAAGUCGAAAAAGACAUCACGGUUCUGUAGUAGUUACUAA